AAUCUGGGAAGCUUCAGCCCGGCUUGUUCGCGCGGCCUGCUUGCCCGCUUCUCGCCAGUGCCGCCAUGGCCAACAACUGCCCCGUCGUGGGCGCCGGGAACUGCCAUCAACAGCAGCAGUCGCCGCCGCAGCAGCAGCAGCAGGCCCCCCCGCAACAGCCGCAGAAUCCGCAGGCCGGAGCCGUUUUGUCGCCCCCGCUGCCGCUCCAGAGCUCGGGCCCUAAGCCGGCGGCCUCGGGCAAGCAAGGCAACGUUCUUCCCCUAUGGGGGAACGAAAAGACCAUGAACCUGAAUCCCAUGAUCCUCACCAACAUCCUCUCCUCGCCCUACUUCAAGGUGCAGCUCUACGAGCUCAAGACCUACCACGAGGUGGUCGACGAGAUCUACUUCAAGGUUACACAUGUUGAGCCUUGGGAGAAAGGGAGCAGAAAAACAGCUGGCCAGACAGGGAUGUGCGGAGGGGUGCGUGGUGUUGGAACUGGAGGUAUAGUGUCUACAGCCUUUUGCCUCCUGUACAAAUUAUUUACCCUGAAGCUUACCCGUAAGCAAGUGAUGGGACUAAUAACUCAUACAGACUCCCCAUAUAUUAGGGCUCUUGGAUUCAUGUAUAUUAGGUACACACAGCCUCCAACAGACUUAUGGGACUGGUUUGAAUCCUUUCUUGAUGAUGAGGAGGACCUUGAUGUGAAAGCAGGUGGUGGCUGUGUCAUGACCAUUGGAGAAAUGCUGCGUUCCUUUCUUACUAAACUUGAAUGGUUUUCUACGUUGUUUCCGAGGAUUCCUGUACCGGUUCAGAAGAAUAUUGAUCAACAAAUUAAAGCCAGACCUAGAAAAAUCAAGAAGGAUGGCAAGGAGGGAGUAGAAGAAGUAGACAGACAUGCAGAGCGUAGACGUUCAAGGUCUCCAAGGAGGUCCUUGAGUCCCAGGAGGUCACCUAGAAGAUCGAGAAGCAGAAGUCGUCAUCGGGAAGGCCGUGGAUCGUCCAGUUUUGAUAGAGAAUUGGAAAGGGAAAGGGAGCGACAAAGACUAGAGCGAGAAGCUAAGGAAAGAGAUAGAGAGAGGCGCCGAUCCCGAAGUUCUGAUCGAGCAUUGGAACGUAGGCGAAGUAGAAGCCGGGAUAGGCACAGAAGUCGAAGUCGUGAUCGAAAAGGAGACAGAAGAGACAGGGAGAGAGAGAGGGAGAAAGAAAAUGAACGAAGUAGAAGGAAGGAGCGUGAUUAUGACAAAGAGAGAGGUAUCGAAAGGGAAAGAGAGCGCUCUAGGGAGAGGGAUCGUUCUAGAGAAAAAUCAAAAGAUAGAAAGAGUAAGAGUGAAAUAGACGACAGGAGACACAAAGAUGAAAAAGAUGAAAGGAAACAUAAGGAUGAGAAAAGAGAUUCCAAGAAAGAGAGGAGGCACAGCAGAAGCCGAAGUAGGGAUCGGAAACAUAGGAGUAGAAGUAUAAGUAGGAAUGCUGGUAAGCACAGUAGAAGCAGGAGUAAAGAGAAGUCAAGUAAACACAAGAGUGAAAGUAAAGAGAAAUCAAAUAAGCGGAGCAGAAGCAGAGGAAGAACUGAUAGUAGUGAAAAGUCCCGAAAACGAGACCUUAGCCCCAGUAAAGAGAGAUCACGAAAACGUAGUAAAAGCAAAGAACGUUCCCACAAACAUGACCACAGUGAUAAGGACCACUCAGACAAACAUGAACAUCGAAGGAGCCAAAGUACAGAACGAGAGAAUCAAGACAAACAAUCUAAAAACAAAGAUGAGACUGUAUGAAUGUUCAGAAGUGGAUCACAUUGAAUCCUAUAAAUGUUUUGAAAUCUUGCUUAUUUUUUUCUUAAAAGUUGAGAUUGUGCAGUAGUUGAUGAGCACUCUUCUUCAACCUCCCUCUAGGCUGCAGAUUGUCAUUUCCUAUUUUGAGCAGGGAAGUGCCUUUGUAAUCCCGUUUAAUGCGUUGACUAUUCCAGCCCAUUUGUUUAGUUAAAUUCAUGAAGCAAAUCUGUUUGUGCAUUUUUUAAAUUGUUCAAAUGUUUCUGAAAUGUACAAUCUGUACAUAUGUCCUGAAACUGUUCUAAUCCCUUUGGCAUGGUUUGCCAUGUUGGUUAAAUUUGUAUACGGCAAUAAAACUGCCACUAAUUCUACUUUGUUUUAUAGAUGUGGAAUUAUGGUUUCUAUCUUUGAAUUAGCAUGGCUGUGCUUUGCAUAAUAGUAUGGCAGAAGCUUUUAAGGAUGGGUCUUGAACGUGUAUUAUAUCUAAAAUAUUUAUGUGCAUUCAACAUCCAUGAAGGUUGCAGUUCUAGAACUCUUGUGUCCAUUUGUACCUCUUGGGAAAGCAUUUAAAAACCAUUUUAUUUGUGAAACUCAAGAAAAUGUUACAUUUAGAGUAGGCUUUUCAUGGGAGGUAGCAAUUUAAGGCAGGGAUUUAGGUUUUGCUGAGGUUUACGUAGUAGUCAAUGCUACCUCAUAGGAACACUGUUAAGAUUAACAAGCCUAUGUAUCAUAUCUACAUAGACUUUCUGGCUAGCUUUUAUUCAUGUAAAGACUCUUUCAAUACAAAUAUCCCUACGUUUUCAUUAAAAAUGUGCCACUGUCCUAGCGUUCAUGAAGCAACCCUAGAAUAACAAAAGUAAAAGAGACUGAAUGUGGGAGAAACAGGAAGGGAAACUUCUGUUUCAAGCUUCCAAAUCAUUUUUUAAAUAAAAGAAAGACACAUUUAAAGUAAAGCAUCUUCCUAGUGUUCUUUUUUUAAAUGCAUAUUAGGUUUGUUUUUUUUACAAAGACGUGAUCAUUACUUGAGCUGAAGAAUUUCUCUCUAGCAAAAGGAAAAGUAGAUACUUUUUU